CAGCCAGUCAGCCUAACCAAUAAGGCCAAAACCCGGCAUUGCAGCACAGUUUGUUUCAAUCCAUAAACCACUAAAAUUACCACACCUAAACCCAAAAAAUUGGCCCACAAAAUGCAGAUAGCAUAAUUACCACAUUAUCCUCAUUUUCGCCGUUUUACCGGCGUUUAGCAACCGGAACCCUCAUCGUCUCUACUCUCUGGCUUUCUUCUCUUCUUCUUCUUCUUCUUCCUAAUUGUUGUUCUCGAUUCAAUUCCCAUCCGACGUCGUUUCAAUUUUGUCGACCUUUUUCCACUAUUACAAAAAAAACUUGCAGCAUCUCCAUGCUCAAUGUCUAUUUCUACACUAACUCCCAAUAUCUCCACUCAACUCCAUUCACUCUUUUCUCAUCAAAAUUCAUUUAAAUUCAAAACAAAACAUCAAUUUCCUCCAAAAUCAGCUUCAAUUUUAACUCCAAAGGCUGCUCUUUCUGACCCAUUUGUACUCCAAAUUGCAGAAACUUUUGAAGAUGCUCUUUCAUCAUCUUCAAUUCCCUCAACUUUACAGAAAUUAAGGGAUUCGUCUUCUGAAUCUCUUCUAUCUUUAUCAUGGCCUUCAAGGAAAGAUGAACCUUUUAGAUUUACUGACACCUCAUUUAUUAAAUCCUCUGAAAUUCAACCUAUUACUAAACCACCUCAGGAUUUUGAUUUUUCUUCCAUUUUGGAAAAUACCCACGUCCCUAAUCUCACUAUAAUUGAUGGGUUUAUGCUGGAUUCUCUAUCGGAUUUGUCGGGUUUACCAGAAGGUGUGUUUGUGGGUAGUUUGUCAAAGUUAAAUUCUGAGGGUAUUUUGAAAAGGGUGUCUGAAUAUGUGGCUAAUUUUGAAGGGGAUUUGUUUUGGUCACUCAAUGGGGUAGGUGCACCUGAUUUGAUUAUUGUUUAUGUGCCUGAAGGGUGUAGGGUUGAGAAUCCUUUGAAUUUUAGGUACUUUUCAAUGAAAGGAAGUGAUUUAGGGUCAAAGAAGUUGCCGGUUUCGAAUCCGAGGGUGUUGGUGUUGGUGGAGAAAGGCGGAGAAGUGAGUAUAGUUGAGGAGUUUGUGAGUGAUGAUGAUAAUAAGUGUUAUUGGACUAAUUCUGUUGUUGAGUUGAUCAUUGGUGAAGGAGCAACUGUAAACCAUUCUUAUGUUCAAACACAAUCUUUGGGAGCUGCCCAUAUUAAGUGGACUUCAAUUAGGCAGGAAUCGGCUAGCACCUAUAAGCUUGUAGAGUUUAGUUCUGGUGGGAAAUUGAGCCGACACAAUCUCCAUGUUCAGCAAGUCGGCCCAGAUACAGUUACAGAAUUAUCAACAUUGCAUCUAUCUAUCAAUGAUCAGACACAGGAUUUGCAUAGCAGUUUGGUUUUAGAUCACCCACGUGGUUAUACAAACCAACUUCACAAGUGCAUUGUGGCUCAUCCACAUGGUCAAGCUGUAUUUGAUGGGAAUGUAAAAGUACUUAGAAACGCUCAGCAAACAGAUGCAGGGCAACUGACUAGGAGUCUCCUGCUUGUACCUCAGGCAACAGUAAAUGUGAAACCCAAUCUUCAAAUUAUAGCAGAUGAUGUCAAGUGUUCUCAUGGAGCUGCUAUAAGUGACCUAGAAGAUGAUCAGCUCUUCUAUUUCCAGGCUCGGGGCAUUGAUUUAGAAACUGCUAGAAGGGCGCUUAUUUUCUCCUUCGGUGCCGAGGUUAUUGACCAAAUUCCUUUCGCUCAUGUCAGGGAAAAGACCAAGAGUCGCAUCACUGAGUUACUCGAUCCUACAAAAAUAAAGUCUUCUGCGUGACGACUUAUGGUGUAAUUAGACGCCAAAAAUAAUUUUUGACAUUGUAAAUGUUGAUCAUAUCAAUUGUCUUUCUGAAAUUUAUUUAAAGAUUGGUAAUACCAAUUUUAAUUUUAACAAUAAUUUAGCUUCUUCAUAUGUAAUCCGCUUGUGAUUUUUAUGAGCAAUAUAUGAUGUUGUAUCA